AUGUCGAAGCUAUGGGCGAGAGUAGCCGGAUUGUUCAAAAGCAAGAGUUUCAUCGGAGCAGACAAGACUGGUAACAAGUACUUUGCCAGAAUGGAGCAGAUUGACGGUCUUGGCGAGUAUUGUUCCUCUAAUCUCAUAAAGGAGAAAAGAUGGGUUGUCUUUAGACGAGAAGAGGACCCAACCUCUAUUCCUGUUGAAUGGAUAUGUUGGCUUAAUGGGCAGCGAAAGAGAGCUCCUACUCCAGAGGAAAUGGCUGAACUUGAUGCAAGGCGUGAGCGUGUGAAGCUUAAUGUUGCUCUUCUCAAGAAAGAAGAGGAGGAGAAGAAAGCCAGAGAAGGAACUGGGCGGAAAAUCACGAGCAUCGGUAAAGCUGAGGGUCCAGAAUUGACAAGCUUUGUUCGCCAUUUCCCAGCGGAUUCGAAAGGUGAUAAAGCAGAGGAAGCUAGUAAAGAAGCAGACCAAUCAAGGGUCAAGGAACAUGAACCCGAGAUAGUUACUUCAGAACCACCUGAACCAAUGACAACAGAGCCAUCAGGGUCUGGAUCAUCAUUUAGGCCAGGGACAUGGCAGCCACCAUCCUAAACACAUCUCAUGUUAACCAACAGAGUAUCUUUUUUGGUCCAGUCAUCUGUUUGUUGUAGUCUUACAUUAACCGAUUGGUUGGAGAUGAUUAAGAGAGCUAUUGAGGACCGUUAAAGUUCUGGUCAUUCAGGCUUUCAUGUAGUUAUUGAGGAGUUGGAUGAGUAAAAAAUGAGAAGUCAUAUCUACCCUUAUGAUUUGUUUUCUUUGCGCGUCUCAUGGCAUUUUGGCUUUGAGACUUCAAAUUGCGUGUCCUUGAUAGCUUCAGAAUUACGUUUUUUCCUCGUUGACAUUCUAUUUAUCAAAUUUUAAAAUUAAACAUUUAUGUCCUUUGACCAAAUAAAAAACGAUUAAACGAUUAAACAUUUAUGUCCUUUGUCCUUCAACUC